AUGAGUUCAACAAGGAUGUCCACAGACCCUACUGACCCAAACACAUAUUCCAAACGCGAUUUAUUGUUGUUAACACAACUCCUCCACAUGAACGGUCUCAUCGACCCAUCUUCGGUGUCACCAAGCGAGCAGAAACUAGAAUCCGUGUCUCGCGAGUGGUUCGAUCAUGCUAGCACUCAAUUGUCUAUACAACAAGGCCUGCUCAAGCUUGAUGACGCCCCUUCUGUGGAUGAUAUCUGUCAAUUGUACGAAAAGCUUCUCGAUCAAACCCCAGAUUGCAAGAAUACUACCGAUUUAGCCAAUUAUUUCUACUAUAACCGCAUGGACGAAUUACAAUCUAAAAUUGAAGCAGGAAAAAAGAAGGUAUCUGAUAUACUACAAGCACAAUAA